CAUGCGCUUUGAAACAUACGCUCCACUCGAGGCCUUCAGGCCUAGUAACCGUCUAACACUUCCGUCUUUCUUCAAUGUUUUAUUUCUUUAACUAAACUCCUCUGUCGGGGAAAACGUCGAAUCUAAUAAUUAUGGAGAUCGGAACUGAAAUUAGCAAGAAAAUACGGGCUGCUAUCAAAGGGAAGUUACAGGAGCUGGGAGCUUAUGUUGACGAGGAGCUUCCAGAUUACAUCAUGGUCAUGGUGGCCAAUAAGAAGAGCAUGGAGCAGAUGGCAGAGGACCUGUCCUUGUUUCUAGGCAACAACACCAUUACGUUCACUGUAUGGUUACAUGGUGUUCUGGAGAAGCUGAGAUCAGUUGCAGUCGUAGAGCCCCCAUCAUGCCCACCGGUUCCUCACACUGAGAUGAGUAUCCCGACGGCAAAUGUCAGAAGUGGGGAGGAGCCUCGCACCCUCGCCGUGUCCAGCUCCCGCUCCGAUAAGGUAGAGGGGUGGGUGUCUAGCUCCGCCCAUGAGCACAGUGGCAGGAGAGGCUCUUCUGAAAGACCAUCUAGACUCACAUCUGCCGUCAAACCUCUGAUUGAAGCGUCAGCUGAAGCUGUGAUUGACAUCAAACCUGACCUGGAUGAUGACCUCAUCACCGAUGAGCCCUUAGAGCAGGGCCUGAGCUCCAGUUACACACGGGGGUUAUACAGCCGCUCGGCUGCGGAGUGUUCGAGGCCGGCGGUGGCAUCGUCCGGCCAGAUGUCAGUACGAACCGCAGAGGCGUACAGGUCCUCGGAUGUCACGAGAGGUCAGGAAAGGUCAAGUUCCAGCCAUGGACGGGGUUACAGGAGCUCAGGGGAGAGCAGCAGGGAGAUGUUUCGGAAACGCAAGGCCCCCAUGGCCAGUUCAGUGGUUCGGGUCCACAGAGGUUACGACCGCGGGCAGGAGAGUGAAGAUCUGGAGGAGGAUGAAGAUGAGGAGGACUACGGUCUUUCCAGCAAAGUGUCGCUGCCUGCUAAACUAGAGCGCAAGCCUUCGCUUCCACCAGCCAAACAAGCCAACAAAAAUCUCAUCCUCAAAGCCAUCUCAGAAGCUCAGGAUUCCAUCAAUAGGACCACCGGAUAUUCAGUUUCCCAGCGUCAGACAGUUCCAGUCGCGCCACGGACGCGUUCAGCCAGCGACGAGAUCAGUAAUGCAGCCGUUCGAUUGGUCCAGGAGCACUUGCAGGCUCUCACACCUCAGGACACGUUGCAAAGCAGUCAGUAUGACAACACAGCACACUCCAGAGCUUUAUCUUCUUGUCUGCAGCUGGAGAUUCCUGAGCAGGGAAGCAGACAGCAGCGUGAUGAAUACGACUUGCAGGUUUUAGAGGCGGCGAGACUCAAAGCCCUUGACACUCGUUCGUUCAUCAUGAGAAAACCAGAGCUUGAUCAGAGACCACCAAUCAGGAGCCGGCUUGGCAUCGUCAGUCAGAACGAAGACCCGCCCAUCACUUCUCGAAUGGUGCAGGCCAGAGAGAGAACGGAGGUUGCAGGUGGAGCAAGUCCAAAGUUCAUCGUGACUUUGGAUGGAGUUCCCAGUCCGUUAGCCAGUCGUACCGAGCAGGAGAUGGAGCCUGAGGAUGAGUUUAACGCGACCUCUGAGCUUCUAGAAAAUGACAGACCUAAACCUGCCGUCCACCUCAGACUUGGCACUGACCUUGUGAAUACUGACAAUGGAGAGAUAGAUGAAGUGGAAGACAUGGAUGUAAGUCCAGAUCAGACUAAACGACAGAAACUUCUGGAACGCUGCAAGUUCUGGCCCACAUGCAAGAGUGGAGACGAGUGUUUGUACCAUCACCCCAACACACCGUGCAAAAUGUUCCCCAACUGCAAAUUUGGCGACAAAUGUUUGUUCAUUCACCCAAACUGUAAAUUCGACGCAAAGUGCACCAAAACAGAUUGUCCGUUCACACACGUGAGCCGGCGACUUCACAACAACCCCACCAUAGCAGCUCCAGCACCAAAUAACAACACGUGUCGCUUCUUCCCAGAGUGUAAAAAAACGGACUGUCCUUUCUAUCACCCUAAACCGUGUAGAUUUUCAACAUGGUGUAAGCGUACUGACUGCACCUUCUACCAUCCAGCCGUCGGUGUGCCGCCCAGAAGUGCUCUAAAAUGGACCAAAACACCUAGCCGGUACCACAAACUCUUACAGUGAAAUCUGAGACGUAUCAACGUUGUGAACGCAGCGUCCGUGAAUGUUCAGAACUGAGCUACAGAAUGUUUCUACUCUCACACAGAGCUUCCUUUCCUGUGACCUUUUCAUGAGCCAGAA